AUGAGAUAUGACCCAAGGCCAGAUAAACCUCCGGUAGUCAUCAAGGUCAAGGGCACAGCCAAGAGAAAACUGGAAUUCGCCCAAAAACCUCCUCUUCCUCCGCUGGACCCUGCUCUUCCUCCGCUGGACCCUGCUCUUCCUCCGCUGGACCCUGCUCUUACUCCGCUAGACCCUCCUCUUCCUCCGCUGGACCCUCCUCUUCCUCCGCUAGACCCUGCUCUUCCUCUGCUGGACCCUGCUCUUCCUCCGCUAGACCCUCCUCUUCAUCCAUUGGACCCUGCUCUUCCUCCGCUAGACCCUCCUCUUUCUCCGCUGGACCCUGCUCUUCCUCCGCUGGACCCUGCUCUUCUUCCGCUAGACCCUCCUCUUCCUCCGCUGGACCCUGCUCUUCCUCCGCUAGACCCUCCUCUUCCUCCGCUAGACCCUCCUCUUCCUCCGCUGGACCAUGAAUGUUAA